AUGGUUCUAUGGAACGCGAGUAUAGAGGAUGCGAGUAUCGACCUAGGGAUUGGAGACGAAGGCGGCGAGAUUACCGUUUUUUCUGGCAGGAUCACCGCCAACGUCAGUCUGACGUGGAGCUACGUCAUGGCGGGCGGGUACGUGCGCGACUCGGGGAACGCGAGCCGCGGAGCUGCGAUUGAUGAGAUCGAGAUUCAGCUCACUGGGAGUAUCUCCUGGCUCUACACUGUGCUAGUAGACAUGCUACCUAAUCACCUACGAGCAGCCAUGGAAGCGGCCAUCACAAGCAGCCUUGACACCGUCGUCGCCACCGCCAACGCUGCUCUGCAGGCCCUUCCCCGCAUCGUUCCCAUCGAUGCCACCACUGCUCUCGACGCCACUCUGCCUGGCGAUCCCGAGAUCGACGGCCAGGGCAUCUCGCUCGCUUGCCACGGCCACGGUGGCCGUGGUGCUGACAUCAGCAGCUAUGCUGGCGUUAGGGUGAUGCGAGAUGAUGAUGAUGAUGAUGAUGAUGAUGAUGAUGAUGAUGAUGAUGAUGAUGAUGAUGAUGAUGAUGAUGAUGAUGAUGAUGAUGAUGAUGAUGAUGAUGAUGAUGAUGAUGAUGAUGAUGAUGAUGAUGAUGAUGAUGAUGAUGAUGAUGAUGAUGAUGAUGAUGAUGAUGAUGAUGAUGUCAGCCUGCUGUCUCAUCCUGCUGCCGCUGACAUCAGCGGACGAAGUAUUGGUGGUAGUGGUGCGAGCAGCGACCGUGGUGCUGACAUCAGCAGCUACCAAGGCGUCAGGGUGUUGUGGGAGGGGGGUGCGAUUGGCUAUGCUGGGGAGGCAGGGCGGAUGGUGGCGCUCUCUCUCUCUCAGCACCUCGUAGCUUCCGCCAGCCAAGUGUAUUAUGAGGCUGGAGCACUCUCCUACACCAUCAACCACCUGCCAGACUCCUUCCCCUGGAAGCUUCUCAACACCAAGGGGUGGCGCUGGAUCCUUCCCAGAAUGUUCCACGAGUACCCUGACGCCGACCUGGUCUUCCGAGUCAACGCCAGUCAGCCGCCCAAUGCCACGCUGACACCUGGCGGGAUCGGAUUGGAGGUCGAUGCGCUGCUCAUGGUAACUGUGUUACCAGGCGAGACGUGGAAUCAGACCGAUGUGAUUGGCGUGAAAAUGGUUGCUGUGUGUGCGGGAACUGCUGCUGUGGAUGGAAGCAAUAUCACCGCUACAGUGCAACUCGUUAAGUUUCAAGCUCAGGAGGAGUGGAGUCUCGUCGGUAAUAUCCCCACUCAGAUACUUCAAGCGAUAGUGUCUGCUCUCUCUCGCUCCGUCCUCAUCCCUCUUCUUAAUCACCGUCUGCGAUCUGGCUUCCCGCUGCCAUUCCCUACUGGUGUGGCCCUUGCGAAUUCCUCCAUUCAUUACUGUCACAAUCGCCUGCUUGUGUGCUCCGAUAUAGUCUACACUGGGGGACUGUUCAGGGCUAGUGGUGGUCGAUCAUGA